CUUAUAAAUAGCCUCACUUGAAAGUUGCAACUCAUCAAACUACUCUACAACGUAUCAACAACCUCUGCUCACUGUUUCCAACCAAAUACUGCUACAUCUUAGAUCAAGAACUCUAAUUCCAGAUGUCGAGCACCGCCGGUCAGGUCAUAAAAUGCAAAGCUGCUGUUGCAUGGGAGCCCGGGAAGCCACUGGUUAUUGAGGAGGUGGAGGUGGCGCCGCCGCAGAAAAUGGAGGUCCGAUUGAAGAUUCUCUUCACCUCCCUUUGCCAUACUGAUGUCUACUUCUGGGAAGCCAAGGCUCAAGAUUCUGUCUUUCCUCGAAUUCUUGGACACGAAGCAGCAGGGAUCGUGGAGAGCGUAGGAGAAGGAGUGACCGAACUCGUUCCGGGCGAUCACGUUCUCCCAGUGUUCACAGGGGAAUGCAGGCAAUGUGCUCACUGCAAAUCUGAAGAGAGCAAUAUGUGUAGCCUUCUCAGGAUCAAUACUGAGAGGGGAGUGAUGAUCAAUGACGAGAAAACAAGAUUUUCGAUCAAUGGAAAGCCUAUUUACCAUUUUGUUGGCACAUCCACAUUUAGUGAAUACACUGUGGUUCAUGUUGGUUGUGUUGCCAAAAUCAAUCCUCUUGCUCCUCUGGAUAAAGUUUGUGUGUUAAGCUGUGGGAUUUCCACAGGCCUUGGUGCUACGUUGAAUGUUGCCAAACCAACAAAGGGUUCAUCGGUGGCUGUUUUCGGACUUGGAGCCGUUGGCCUUGGUGCUGUAGAAGGAGCCAGAUUGGCUGGUGCUUCAAGAAUAAUUGGUGUGGACUUGAACUCUGCCAGAUUUGAAGAAGCAAAGAAAUUUGGUGUGACUGAAUUCGUAAAUCCAAAAGACUAUAACAAGCCAGUUCAAGAGGUCAUAGCUGAGAUGACUGAUGGAGGAGUGGAUCGAAGCAUCGAAUGUACUGGAAACAUCAAUGCCAUGAUCUCUGCAUUUGAAUGUGUUCAUGAUGGAUGGGGUAUUGCUGUUCUUGUCGGUGUCCCUCAUAAGGAUGCCGUCUUCAAGACUCAUCCAAUGAAUUUUUUGAAUGAGAGGACUCUAAAGGGUACUUUCUUCGGGAACUAUAAACCGCGGUCUGAUCUUCCAUCGGUUGUGGAAAUGUACAUGAAGAAGGAACUUGAACUGGAGAAGUUUAUAACUCAUGAAGUCCCUUUUGCUGAGAUUAACAAGGCUUUUGAACUGAUGCUGAAAGGUGAAGGCCUUCGUUGCAUCAUCCGAAUGGAGUGAAAACACUGCUAUGAAGUCUGUUGUUUAAUUUCCGUGUUUGAAGGUGUGGGAAACCGUGAUUUUGCUUUAACCAGUUUUCUAUUCUGUUCAUGUUGUAUUAUGUACACAUCAAGUUCAACUGCAUAAGUUUACGACUGUUGUGAUCAAA